AAUAUAACCAGAUGUCUCUUAAUGGCAAAUAAUCCCGAUCAGUGCCGAAUACGUAUGCCCGUAAGACCUCAGGGUUAACACGUCUUAGGAACUCUGUCGUAAACUAUAUAAGUCAGAUGUAUAUACAGCGCUGUAAAAUGAUGAUGAAAUUGUUCCUGUUAUACAUCGUUGUAAUCAACAUGGUGAUAACAACUGCCGCAGUGACAACAAACAACCGUAUACUGCUGAGCAGUGUGUUGGUGGGGACUGCUCUGGCCGCCUCAGUGUCUGAAAGUUACGACUUCAGUUACACUGAACUUGCCCUGCUGACGACCGCUGUCCUUGUUAUCAACUUCCCCAGAAAUCAGCCAGUGCAAGACUCGUGUACGGCUCCGGGGUACACGGCGGAUCCAUUGUUUGGGUGUUAUCGCUUGGUAAAGGGCGGCAAUACUUUAGUUACGAAGACCGAGGCGAUACAAGGGUGUGCCAGUGAUGGGGGGAGACUGCAGCUGAUCAACUCUGAAGCAGAGGCAAAAGCGCUCACUGCACUUAUCCAGAAUGAGGGCAUAGUUCCACCUGGGACAUUCAUACAAGGCUCCAGAGCAAGUAUAUCCUCGCCUUGGGUCGGAGAUGAUGGCAACCCACUACCUUACCUGCCUUCAACUGUCGAAAAUGGAAAUAUUCCCAUUGCUAAUUUGCUUUGGUUUAGAUCAGAUUCACCAACUGCCUUUAGUUAUGUUGCAGCCGACAACACUGUAACACUUACUUCAUAUGUGUGUGAAAUUUAAGUUUUAUUUUUAGUAAAACUAUUAACGCUG